AUGAGUUGUAUUAUGCAAUCAAUCGGUAGGACCGAUUAUACAUCUGAUUGCUUAAAUCAUUCGUUCUAUCUAGCUUGCCAGUUCCUUUGCAUGAACAUCGAACCGCUAGUAUGGGUCUUGUUAUCAACUUUAAUAAUGGUGAUCGCUGCUCAUAUUCUAAGAUUACUUUCUUUGGCUAAUGGUCAGUAUAUUUGGCAAUAUGCAUAUCCCUAUGGUACUCAAAACUGUGCUGGUACACCGACUAUAGUAUCAUCAUUUUUUUCUGGCCAAUGCUAUAACAGUGGUAUUGGAGGUUUCAAACAUGUCAUUUCUGGAACGACAAUCACCACAUAUAUAUACUCUGACGCAACCUGCACUAAACAAACUCUAAGUGAUUCAUUAGCUUCUGGUGCAUGUUCAGCUGGAAUUUAUAAAACAAUUAUCCAAAGCAACUAUGUAAUUCCUAGCUAUGGUUUUAUUUAUUAUGAAAGAUAUUCAGCAACAGCUUGUACCAGUAAAAAUAAUGUUAGAGUUGUUUUACGUCCUGGUGUUUGCAGUUAUACCGAUUCUGUAAGUGGAUACAUUAAAGGUACAAUGGGUAGUUUAACAUCUGCAACUCUUGGUUUCACAAAGGAUCUCACUGGUCAGUGCCCAAGCGUAACCAACGUAGUUUAUUCAACUUCCAGCUGCAAAACAAAUAAUGAUUUCAUUAUGAAUGCAUUCAGUGCCACAGCAGCUGCUUCUAUCGGAUUCGGUACACCUAAAGUUUUAAGUUACACAUCACUAAGUAUCCCCAUCACUCUCAAUUGGCCAUCACCAAUGACCAUGAAAGUUGAAAUCUACAACGGUGCUUCAUACGAUGCCACUUCUUGUACAGCGACAACCAACGGUCAGACCUGUACAAUUACCAAUGUCAAGGCUGGUAUUGCUACCAAUGUAAGAGCCACCAUAAAUGGUGCUGCCCCAUUCGGUGGAACUAUUACCGCCACUUCAGGAAAUAUCCAAAUGCCAACAGUGGACACAAUGAAAUCGGUAUCUGUUACUGCCAGAACUACCAAAACUAUCACUGUCAGCUAUUCUUCAAAUCAAUUUGUAAAUGGAGUGACAACUUAUGUUGUAAAGUCAAAUGGAGCACAGGUUUCAGGAUGUUCUGGUACAACUUGUACCAUCUCUGGAUUAACUGCAGGUACAACUUAUACAAUUGCUGUAAAUGCUGUAAACUAUGGAACAAAUUCAGCUGCCAUCUCAACUUCAGGAGCAACAUACACUGCUGUCACAACCCCAUCUUUGGCAACUGAUCCCUCGCCAACUUCAAUUGUUGCAACCUUUUCUUCUUUAGGUGGUGUUCCUACACCUGCCACCACUUACCAAGUUUUAUUGAAUGGAGCAGUUCAAUCUUGUACUACUUCACCAUGUACUCUGUCUGGUUUGAAAACUUUAAGUACAUAUACAGUACAAGUAAAAGCAACCAACGAUGGAACUGUAGCACAAUCCAGCGUCGUAUCUGUCAAGCUCUGGGAUUUGAUUAAUAACCCAACCCUUUCAGCAAUCAUGUAUACCAACAGAGCUAUUUUAUCAUUCAGUGUAUCUGGAGGUAAUCCUUCUCUUACUAGAUACUCUAUCACCUCUAAUGGUGCUGCAGUAACUGGAUGUCAAUCUAUCGCCACCACAACUUGUACAGUUUCUUCGCUCGCUCCUGCAACUUCUUAUAGUUUUGUAGUAAUUGCUACCAACGAUGGUACCUCUGUAAACAAACCACUCACACAAUCGACUUAUUCUUUGAUCACCACACCAACUAUCCAAGCAACCACCAUCGCAACCAAGAGAAUCGUAUUAGGAUAUUCGACUACUCAAGGUGUUCCAGGUGGUACACUUUACACCGUAAAUAACAAUGGAGCCAAUGUAGCGGGAUGUGUUAAUAUUGCUGGAACCACUUGUUCAAUCGCAGCACUAACACAAGCUACCAAAUAUAAUUUCGUUGUAACAGCUGUCAACGAUGGAAAAUCUAUGCCAGCUUCACUUUCAGUGACUACUGUCACUGAAGUAACCACACCAGUUGUUUCCAUCCAACAAUCAGGUCUUUCCCUCACAAUUUCAUAUUCCACACAGAAUGGAUAUCAAGCCUCUGUUUAUGAUGUUUUAGUAAAUAGCGUUAUUGCUUGUUCUGCCACAUCGCAACUUCAAUGUAAUUUCAAUUCAGUUGUACUUGGAACUAAAUAUGAUGUCCAAGUUAAAGUCACAAAUGACGGUACAGUUAAAACUGGUACUGCAAGUUUCCAAACUGUUGCAGAUACCAUGAAAACAUUACAAGUCGUCAGUUACUCAAGUACAGCUUUAACUUUUACUUAUUCAUCAACCUACGGUGUCCAGGGUGUUACAACUUUUGGAUUCACUAUUAAUGGUGCUCCAGUUACAUGUACAGGCUUCUCUCAAUGCACUGUUUCGGGAUUCACUCCAGUCAAUCCAGGACUUCAAUUAACUAUUGUUGGUAAAUCAAUAAAUUAUGGAAAUGCCUCUCCAACCAAGACAAUCACUCAACAAUUGUAUCCAGUAGUUAGCACCCCAACUUUUACAAUGUCAAACACACCCAGUUCCAUCUCAUUGUCAUUCCAAUCGACAGGUGGUGUACCAUCGCCAGUCACAACAUAUCAAGUCCUUUUCAAUGGAACUGUUCAACCCUGUACAACCUCUCCAUGUACUGUCUCAGGUUUGACAACACUUCAAACCUAUGUUGUACAAGUUAAAGCUAUCAACGACGGUGUAACAACUUCAUCCACUACUCAAACUGUCACACUUUGGGAUUUGUUGACAACUCCAACCAUCUCUGCUACUAUGUUGACCAAGUCUGCUACUCUAACCUUCUCUGGUACUGGAGGUAAUCCAGCUCUCACUCGAUACAGUAUCACAAUGAAUGGUAGUCCUUAUGCAAGUUGUCAAUCGAUUACCACAACAACUUGUGCCAUCACUUCAUUGAACCCAAGUACCUCUUAUACCUUUAUUGUGACAGCUUCCAAUGCCGGACUAACACUUACCAAAACAAUUACUGCUUCAACGUUCUCUGAAAUUAGUGGAGGUACCUUGACAGCAAAUUCCAUCACCACCAAGUUGAUAACAAUAAGUUUCGAUGUCACUGGAGGUGUUCCUGGUUCUACAAGAUAUACACUCACAAGCAAUGGACAGUCUAUUUCAGGUUGUACUAAUAUCGCGACAACAACAUGCACAUUAACAGGACUUACUUCAUCUACUCCUUAUACCAUCCAAGUGACUGCCACCAACGAUAUCAAACAACUAGUCCUCUCCAACGAAUUCACUACCUACACCACAGUUAGUAAACCAACCAUGACAGCUAUUGGUAAACCAACCUCCAUUUUUAUUAGAUACUCAUCUACCAAUGGUGUUCCAACUCCAGCUACAGUGUAUCAAGUACUUUUGGAUGGUAAUGUCUACAGCCCAUGUACUGGAGUCGCCACUACUUGUAAUGUUAAUGGUUUAACAACACUAUCAAACUACUCAGUUCAAGUCAUAUCUUCCAAUGAUGGAGUGGUCACUCAAUCGGAUUCCCAGAACCUUACUCUUUGGGAUCUAAUGGGUGAACCUAUUAUAACUGCCAAUGUAUUUACUAGAACCAUUCAAAUAAGCUAUGAGGCACCAGGUGGAGAUCCACUCCAAACUUCUUUUGUUGUCACAAUGAAUUCAAUCACAAUCAAUGGAAUUGGAAACACAGUUUGCCAAGAAUCCAAGCCUGACGCAUCAGGAGAAUGUAAUCUUUUGAAUUUGGCACCAAAUACCUACUAUUCCUUUAAUGUCUCGUGCCAGAAUGGUGACAGACAAUUUAGCUCCACAUUGGAUGUCCAAACCUUUGCUUCUUUGUCAAACCUCCAAGUCUCACUUGACUAUAUUACCACCAAAGAAUUAUCAUUGACCUAUUCAGCUGACAAUGGUAUUACUGAUCAAACUUUCUUCAAUGUAACAGUCAAGGGAGUACCAAUAUGUGUCCACACUCAAAAUACAACCUGUAUAAUUAACGGUCUGGCUCCAGGUUCCACUCAAGACAUUAAAAUUACUGCUGAAAAUGAUGGAACUAUCUUGACUUUCAAUAACAAGUAUUCCACCUAUCAACAAGUUAGUACUCCAUUGGUUCAACUCACACAGUUAUCAGUCAAUUCAAUUGAAAUAGAUUAUUCAAGCUUAUAUGGAAUUCCCGAUACAACCACCUAUGAUGUUUUGGUCAAUGGAUCAGUCAUCUCAACAAACACCACAGAUUUGACAAGUAUAUUAAAUCCUUUGGAACUUGGAUCACUCUACCAUGUCGAGGUCAUUGCUUAUAACGAUGAUCUUUCCAAGACUGGUGAAUCAUUUAUUCAAACCUAUCAGUCACCUUCCGCUCUAAAUUUUAGUGUUAAAGCAACAGUAUCAUCUAUUCAUAUCUCUUGGAAUGAAUCACAAUACGGUUUCCCAAAUUCAACUUACUACGCCACUGCAAUUUCAUACAACUCUCAAGACUGGAUUACUAUCUGUCCAAAAUCAAACAAAUUGUUUUGCGAUAUUCUUCAUUUGGCAUCAAAGAUUAGUUAUGUAGUACAAGUCACAGUAUACAAUUCAUUCUACCUUCCAGUUGAAAAUUCUGUUACAGUUACUACUCUAUCCAACCAACUAGAUGAUUCAGUUUGCAAAAAGAAUGAAUCAUCACCAAUUUGUUCAGAUAAUGGAGAUUGUGUAGAGGGACUUUGCACUUGUAAACCAGGUUGGACCGGUAUCUUUUGUCAUAUCGACAAAAACAAUAAUCAUAAUGGAAAUGAUACAAUCACACCAAAUCCAAACAACCCAACAAUCGAUAUAGAAAAUAAUGGUAUCACUUACAAGUUUGAGUUAUUCCUCCUCACUGAAAUCAAUGACAUGGGUGAAUCCGUACAGACUUUGAAUAUUUCAGACUUCAUUUGGGAUCUAGAUUCUGAUUUCAACUACAAUGUGAGUCAUCCAAUUACUGGAGAGAUUCUCAUUCGUAACAGUUGGGUUUACUCUUCAAAUUCUUCAUCCAUGAAGUAUGUAGAUUCAAUGGAGAUUGCUUUCCUUCAAUAUCAAGCUCCAAAGAAUUCUACUUUGACUGUUACUUCAUAUCCAGUUUCUUUUGCGGGUAAAGAAUUCCAAAUCAAUAUUGGUUCCAACAAGUUUACUAUGCGUGUGGACAAGUGGCAAUUCACAUCGAAAUUGAAUAGCUUGGUUCUUUCAAUGAGAGUAACCAAUCCUAUUGGUGUCAAAGAUAGUUGUGGAAACCUAGUGAAGCCUUCAUCCAAUGAUACUUUUGUAUCUACUACUUCCGAUGUAUCCAUAUUCAAUAUAGGUGAUGGCCAUGGAAAUUAUAUUAUUGGAUCAAUGUUAAAUACUUUAAUCGUUGAUACUAUACCAAUGACUGCAAUGCACACCUAUAUUCAAAAAGAAGGACAAGUUGAAAUUAGCACUGUUAUUCCACAAUUUGAAGAAUUCGCUAUAGUUGACCCUGAUUUUGGUAUGAUCCUUUCACCAGAGAAGGAAGAUGGAGUCCAAAAUCAACAAAAUUGCAAUCAAUCCACCAAGAAAGAUGAUAAAUGGAGAAUAGUUGUUGGAGCAGUUGUAGGUGGAUCAGUUGGUAUUGCGCUUGUUGCUGGUACAGCUCUACUCAUUAGAAAGAGAAAGAUUGCAGCCAGAUACAAUAAAAGAAUUAAUGCUGCUGCUCAAAAAGCAAGAGAUUCAUCACAAUAA